AUGACAUCGGAAACGGAAGAAAAGGAGAAAAGAAACGGUGGUGGAUGUAUGUUCUCAAGGUGUCACAGUUUAACUGGAUGUGACCUAGCGCUGACCGCAGUGAUCACAGCAAUUGUCACCUACUACUUGCUGACAUGUGGAUGUUUCAAAGGAUCGGUCGAUCAUCGAAUAGAUCCGGCUUAUGAUGAAACACAAUUGAUCACGCAGAAGGAUUUGGGCAAUGGUUGGACCGAAUUUGGAUUGGUGGUGGUCACGGAUUUGGACACGGAAAGCAAGGAUGCAAGCGGCAAGAAGUGGCACAGCAAUGGUCGACGAGGCACACUCAAAUUCAACGAAAAGGAAAAUAAGGCCGAAAUCAAAUGGGAAACCACUCAUUUCCCGAUUGCAUCCCAAUUGGCAAGUGGUGGAAGAGCGAUGGAGCUGUCUGAUUUGGCUGUAUUCGAUGGAAAGUUGGUGACUGUUGAUGAUCGAACAGGAAUUCUCUAUCAUCUAAAUAAAGAUCAGGUUCAUCCAUGGGUGUUAUUAAAUGAUGGUCCUGGAAACACGGCAAAAACGCUGAAAGGAGAAUGGCUUACCGUUAAGGAUCAAAAACUCUACGUGGGCGGACUUGGUAAAGAGUGGACAACAACAUCGGGUGAAUAUGUGAACGACAAUCCAAUGUGGGUGAAGAUUGUGGACAGAAGAGGAGCCGUCGAACAUGUCAAUUGGAAAGAUGUUUUCGUGAAAGUCAGACGAGCCGUUGGAAUUGAAUACCCCGGGUACAUGAUACACGAGGCUGUGCAAUGGAGUGCCAUUCACAACAAGUGGUUCUUCUUGCCGAGAAGAGCAUCCAAAGAGGUGUACACCGAAGAAGACGAUGAGGUACGAGGAACGAAUCAAAUGGUGAUUGCCUCUGAAGACUUCUCUCAUUUUGAUGUUGUGACCAUUGGAAAAUUGGAGGACUCAAGACGAGGCUUUUCUGCUUUCCAAUUUGUGCCUGGCACCAAUGACAACGUGAUUCUCGCGUUGAGGAGUGCUGAGAAAGACGGAAUUCCGGUGGCUUCUUAUGCUUGUGUGUUCGAUAUUUCAGGGAAAAUUCUUUUAGAAGAUCAACCUCUUCCUGAAGCUCAUAAAUUUGAAGGAAUUGCCUUCGCA